CUUUUCAUAACCUAUGUCUUGCUUAUUUAUUCUUGGCAAUUAUAAAAGUCUAUUAGAUUUUAUUGGUUGUAAAUAAGUAAUUUUAAAAAUAAACGAUGUGAUAUUAAUUUUGUUUAGUCCUAAGAAUGGAAGAGCAGUCUUUAAGAGAUUCGUUAAAUACUUAUAAGAAACAGUUGGUCCAAGUUAAUUUGGCAAUAUCUACGUUUGAAGAUGGAAAAGAUAAAGAAGAUUUGUUUUCGCUUAAAAACAACUUAGAACAACUCAUUCAACUUACAAAGGAAAGUUUUCAACAACUUGAAAACUUAACUGCAUCAACAUCCUCUUCGAGUGACACUAGCACUUCCUUUGACUGCGAAUAUGCUUUAUUUAUGUCAGAAAUGGAAAAGGACGGAGUGCUACUAGAAAGUAAUGAAACAAGUAGCAGUAAAAUCUUAAAUAUUGAAGAUGAAUUAAAAGCAAUUGAGGGNGAUUUAGGAAAUGACUUUAUAAUAAUUUAUAGGGCUCUAACUUUGGGUAUUCGUAUCUCUAAUAGUCUAAAACAUGAUGGCAUAUUGUAG